AUGUCGGAACCACCGUCGGACCAGAACUCCUCUAACCCUCUCGAGGACACCGUUAAUAAGCUGUUUAAUCGGCUUUAUAACGGCGAGAUGAGUACACAAGACUUGGUUAACAUGAUGUUACAAUUCUCGCGCGAACCUGAUGUUGGGACGCCGCCGACGAACCGUCAGAUUUUUGAGCACAUGAUUGUGAAUCUGUGCGACGAGCUUAGGUUCAUCACAAGAUAUCCCUCGAAUGAGCUUCGCAUCACUGCGGAAUUGAUCGGGCAACUACUGCGGUUUGACUUGGUCUCUCAAGUCCACAAAAAAGUCAUUCUGGAGACCAAAGAGUACACCCCUUUGCAGAUUUGCAUGAGGGUCAUCCUAGAUUCCCUCAAGAGACCGCCGUACUCCCGAAUGUUCCGCUUUGGCGUGCUUAUUGUAGAACAGUUCUUGGACCGCAUAGCUCGUUGGCCGCAGAUGUGUGCUGCCUUGGUGGCUGAGCGAGGAGUAGGGCCUCAGUUCAAAAGCUGCUACCCAGACUACUACGACUAUCUCGUGGAGCUGCUCAACGCCAUCCCGGCUGAGUACCGCGACAGGCCAGUGAUUGAUCACUCAUUAUUGCUCCAACAGUGGAUUCACCUGCCCCCAGCGCCCGAGCUCUAUCCUCCACCAUUACAGGAGAAGGAGGAAAGGGAGCUCCACGCUGCUAGGGUUGCUGCAUUCAAGGCCGGCAAACCGAUGCCGCCCCCUCGCAGAGAACUGCCGGCUGCCGCAGUUCCUGAGAAAGCUAGGAGCAGUUCGCCAGAGUCGCGUGGCGGGUCCCAGGAGCCGUCACAGCCAGUGAUCAUCCCUGUUGACCGGAUACUCUCGGAUGAAAAGGCUAUGGCUGGUAUUGCCAUCCCCCCUGAUUGGUUCUGCGACCUAACAAUGCAGACCUUCAACGCGCUUACUCCUCAGAAUCUGCGGGAGAAAGCGGCGGAGCUCAGAGAGAAUCUCAAACCUGAGUAUUUCCAGUGGUUUUCGAUGUACAUGGUCAAGAGCCGCGUAGCCAAGGAGGUUAACCUCCAGCCUUUGUUUUUGAAGUUUUUGGACGCCUUAGGCCAGAAUAAGCUCAUUGACUUCGUCACUCAGAGCACAUUCACUCUGUUACAUUUGCUUCUUUCGGAUGAUGCUCUGGACAUGGCAGUAGUCUCACCAGCUCAUAGGACAGCUCUCAAGAACCUAGGCACCUGGCUGGGCAGUAUUACUAUUGGACGGAACCGCGCCCUUAAGGCGAAGGACCUUGACCUGAAGCAGCUGUUGUUGGACUCUUACUCCAGUGGCCGCCUUACUGCCACUCUCCCUUUGGCGUGUAAAAUUUUGGAGUCUUUGAAGGACUCACGGACGUACAGGCCGCCGAACCCCUGGAGUAACGCUCAGCUCAGUCUGCUGGCAGAAAUCCACGAUAUCCCAAAUCUUCGGACGAACUUGGUGUUCGAGAUAGAGCUCCUAGCGAAGAAGUUGGACUUGUCCCCGUCCUUCCGGGAGUAUAAGAAGACAGACCUCUUGGCGGGAAGGACCAUGCCUGAAGGCUCUCCGGAUGUCUCCAAGGGCCCUCACCCGCUCGCAGUGGGUCGUACGGAACCGACUCCUCGACCAGCAGUUGGCAUACCUCCACCAGCGGGCCACCCUGGAGGUCCCUCCCCCCAAGUUGACUUUUCUCAACGCAUUGCCAAUGCUAUGAACAUGGCCAACUUGUGGCAGCAGGGUCAGGUGGCAGCAACUUCUCCACCACAGCCCAGGAUGUCCCCUGUCCCGGCUGCCGCUCAGCAACCCAUGGGCGCACCACCAAUUCCUGUACCCUCGGUGGCAUCUAUGCAACCAGCGAGCUCCUUUGCGGCACAGGCAAAGAGCUCUCCUGCUGCUGCUGCUCCUGCAGGAGACAAUGAAGGCUUCAUCCUUCCUAAUCUGCCCAGUCUGGUGAUCAUAGAUCCCAAUGUGGAACUCUUCCGUCUCCAGCCUAAGUUGAAACCCAUAGUGCCGUUGGCGAUGGACCGGGCUAUAAGGGACAUAGUCACUGCUGUCGUCGAGCGUAGUGUAUCAAUAGCGACUCUGACGACUAAGCAGGUCGUGCUCAAGGACUUGGCGAUGGAGCCGGACGAGCAAGUGGUCAGGAAGGCAGCUCAGCUGAUGGUCUCUAACCUUGCUGGUGCUUUGGCUCUUGUCACUUGCCGGGAGCCACUCCGACUUUCUUUGACCAACCAUCUCAAGGCUCUUCUCAAUCCUGGGAAUGCCGCGCCCCCACAGGACUAUCAAGAGAACGCUCUCAUCGAGCAGGUCAUCUCUACCGUAACCACCGACAACUUGGAACUCGGAUGUCAACUUAUUGAGAGAAUAGUCUGUGAAAGGGCAGUUAAGGAGAUAGAUGUAGUCUUCCAGCCGGCCUAUGAGGCGCGCCAGAGGCACAGGGAGAAAUACGGUCCCAGCGGUCCUCAGUUCGUGGACUCGGAGUUCUAUGAUGUUAGUGGGACCUGGCCUAACUCGCUGCCCAGCAGUUUGAGACCGAGACCAGGACCAUUGCCAGCUAGAGAGCUGAGGGUGUAUCGGGAUUUCUUGACCAAAGUGAGGCCCCCGGCCACGGGCGGUGUGCCCCCUCCAAUGAGUGGAGCGGUUCCUGCGGAUAUCCAGCGCAGGAUCGUUGGAGCUCCCCCAGGAGUAAUGCAGCCCAGCGCCCCUCAGCCACCAGCAUUACCAUCACUGGUUCAAGUCCAAAGCAUUGUGAAGCAGCUGCAUGCACAGGUAAUGUAUGGCUGGGAGCGAGGGGCACCAUGGACUUCCUGGCAGGCUUCGGGUGCGGUCCAUCAGCUCGAGUCCCUACCCACGGAGGGUCCUCAAGGGAAGGUAUGGCGGUUCACAAAGAUCUUACUAACCACCGGUCUGGAGGAGGUUAUCGCUCGUGCCGCUACCAACGAGAGGGUUCUGACUAUGCCCGAGAUUAGUGAUACUCAACGGCCACAGCUGGACAGUUUCUAUGCUUUGGUUGGUCUAUGCAGCCUUACCGCACCAUCAGAAGAAGCUAGUGCUCCUAGCGCUGGUCUCACUGGAUGGCAGUUGUUGUUGAAGAACCUCGAUGAGAUCCUCAAGCAUGACCCAGGCCUGGCAACUGUGGUGGUCUCUCAUGUAUUGAAAGAGAUGAACCGCAAGUUCGACCAGUUGGCCGCCAUGUACGUUGGAGUCAACGUGCUGGCUGAGAAGACUAAGACUGAUGCGGCAGCAGCAGUAGCGAUCAAACAACAGCUACAGUGGUCACAGAGUCACGUCACAGAAGCACAUGUCCGCCUGGAGAUCCACUUGGCCAUGCUUGGUGUGGUAUUGCAAACUGUUGGAGCCUCUAGUGAGGAUACCGCCUUGCGAGUAGUACAGACGCCCUUGUUGGCCUUCUGCGUUGAGCUAUUGCAUAGGAAGCUGCUAGGCCAUACUUCGGAGUAUUAUGGUCAAACUCCCUUCGCAACACAGAGGCUCAGAGGCAGGCCCUCCAGCUGGUCUGUGCGGGGUCAUCGCUACUCUUUGGUGAAGGAGUCCGAAGUUGACACUAUUCUACAAAGGCUUUUGACGGAGUACAAGUCGCCACAGAACACUAUGUUUGUGGUUACCUUCCUCCAGCUGGUCCUCAACAAGAUGCGUAUAUCGACAGUUCAGAGCUGGGUGCAUUCCAUUGAGGUUAUCCAGAGGAUUGGCCUCCGCCUUAGAGAGCAGAUGCAACAUCCGGGAUCUCAUUUGAGUACAUUGGAGAAGCAAUUGGCAAUGACGACGGCACAGUUUGUAGAGGCUUGCAAGCAUUCGGCCCAGGUUCUAUACCCAGACAGGGUAUUACAAUACAGAAGGGCCCUCACGCUGAACAAGGCACCUCAGAACGCUGUACCGCCAGAGGCUAUCCACUAUCUUGCGAUACACGUGCCUCCAUCGUCGCAGCUACAGCCUCCUAGUAGCACCAAGUCGCUGGUGGACAAUGUCCCGGAGGCUACCAAGGCAUCGUAUAUCGACGCUUUUGAUGCAUGGCGGAAGAAGACGUCGAAGGAGGCCAAUCUCCCAUGCGAGUUGCCGAGUACUAAGGACGAGCUCAAACGCUUGAAGAUAAACUACCUCAACGAGUACUUCAUUUCGAAGGGGCGACCUGUCGGGACUAAUGACCAGCCAAGUUGGUUCCCAAGCUUCCUGGCUGUAGUCCUCAGCCAUGUUGUGGAUUUGGCUACUAUGGAGACCGCUGAUGCAAAUAGGGACAGCGAGAAUCCCGAAAAAUCUACUCACGAGACAGAAUUGAAGUUUGACGCCAUCGACUGCUUCGCUUCGCUAGUGGUCCUUCUCACUCUGGAUCCCACCCGACCAGUAGAAGGAGGGGAUUCUCCUAUGCCGGUGUCUAGUACGGUAGAGUAUAACGCUAUAAGGAUGCUACACAAGGCCCUUGAGAUGAUAUCCCGACAUAUAUGGACUGAUGCCAACGCCAGUGGCGAUAAGUUCAAUCAGCGUUUCUACACCAGGAUGAUCUCUGAGCUGCUCCAGUAUCACUCGAUACGACUUCAGGGUUGUUUGGAUGCCCGAGUGUCUCGAGAGGUCCAGUAUAAGGAAGCUCUGCGCGGCCCUCAACCGAUCGACCCUCUCAGCGAGAAGUACUUGUGUGCUAUUCUGUCCGCAUUUGCUAAGACUCUUUCAUGGGUUGGUCCGGGACAAGUACCACAGUUCGUUUUCGGCUGGGCAUCUCUGUUAACUGACGAUAAAUUUUUCCCUCGUCUGAUGCAAGUUCGCGGUCAGCGGGGAUGGUUGGCGGCUUCCCGGCUGAUUCAGCAGCUACUUCGUUUCAUAGUACCUUAUCUGUCGAAUAGCAAGGAGACGCCGCUCGAAGACGGCCUUGCACGAAAGGUUCCGGAGCCGAUCAAGGUCCUCUACACUGGUCUGUUGAAGAUAUGGAUGACGGCGAUCCAGGAAGACUACCCAGAGUUUCUCUCGGACUUCCAAUUCGGUCUCGUCAGUGAGCUCCCCGAGAACUGCGUUCAAGCUAAGAAUAUGAUACUGUGUGCCUUCCCUAGGGGAAUGAAGCUACCCGACCCGUUCGCUUUGGAUCUUCAAGUAGACACUCUCCCGGACAUGCGGAUAACGCCAAGGCUUUUGUUGCCGGAGACUACUGUAUUGGAGCAAGCGGGCCUUUUACAGCUGAUAGACGAGUACGUUAAGGUCCGAGAUCGGUCGCUUUUGGAUACGCUGAAGAAACGCCUCCAGGGCCCAGUGGGAUACAACCAUACAGUGAUGACGGCUCUAGUCGAGUAUAUUGGUAUUCGUCUGCCUAUCGUCUGUCCAACCUAUGAGCAAGCAGUUAAGGUUGGCGGCAACGUUCAAGUGGAGAUCUUGAUGUUCAUGGCUUGCAAUCUCGAUCCUGAGGGAAGAUACAUCUUCCUUUCGACCAUUGUCAACUUCCUGCGUUUCCCCAACUCUCACACUCACUACUUCAGUUGUCUCAUCUUGAACUUGUUUGGUGAUGCGCCCGUUGCAUCGGUUCGUGAGCAGAUAGCCAGGAUUCUUCUCGAGCGGUUGAUCGUCCGACGUCCGCAUCCUUGGGGUCUGUUGAUUACUUUCAUCGAGUUGGUUAAGAAUCCUCGAUAUCGUUUCUGGGAACACCCGUUCAUGCAAAACCCCGAUAUUGAAAAGCUGUUCCGCACGGUUGCCAUGACGUGUGUGGCCACUCUCCCUUCCCCAGGCUCGCAACAGGCUGUGGCCUCCAAUCGAGCGUAA